UUCACCAUGUGCAACCUCCUCAACUACAUUGACAGAGGGUUGGUGAGCGGGGUGCUCCCGAGGAUAGGAGAGGAUUUCGACGUGUCCAAGACUUCACUCGGUCUCUUGACGGGAUCGUUCAUGGGUGGAUACUGCCUUCUCAGCCCUGUCUUUGCCCUCUGCUCAACUAUGUUCCCUCCCUUCACGUUGAUCGGCGUCGGGCUUGUUGUCUGGCAAAUAUCUGCCGUGAUGUCGGCAUACUCCCGCAGCUUCCGCGUCCUCCUCCUUGCUCGCCUCUUGAGUGGCAUCGGUGAGGCUUCUUUCCAAGCCAUCGCCCCUCCCUUCCUCGACGAUGUAGCAGGAGAGAACAGCAAAGGCGUGCUAUUGGCGGUGUUUUACUGCGCCAUUCCUGUUGGCACAGCGCUUGGCUACAUCUAUGGAGGAUACAUGGAAAAAUUCUCGAGGUGCUUCUUCGUUUUCAUCUCAUCUUCUGAACCUGAACCCUUCAAAAGCUGGAGGACCGCGUUUCUGCUAUUGGCUGCCCUCAUGACGCCUUUCUCUCUCUCCUCUUUCUUCGUCUCGAACAAAAUCACGGAGAAGGUAGACAAUGAUUCUGACAUGUCCGGUAGAACCAUCUCGGGUCUCUUCCGCAACAGCGUGUGGCUCACUGCCGCUCUUGGAUAUGCCGCAUGGACUUUCACCAUCGGGGCCUUUGGGGUCUGGGGCCCGACAUUUAUCCACAAGGUUUUCAACCUUCCGAUGGAGUUGGCUGACCUUCAGUUCGGUGCGAUCACAGUAUGCAUGGGACUUCUUGGGACUGCCAUUGGCGGCGUCCUGCUUGAUACUCUCACCCGCCGAAUGGGCUCCGAUGUGGCAACUGCCAGCCUCUUGCUUGUUGGAGGUCUGACUGCACUAUCCAUCCCCUUUCUCGUUGGAGCUUUCCUUCUCUCGUCAAGGUCGUUGUUCUACAUGGGAAUGAUCUUUGGGGAACUGUUGCUGUUUGCCACAACCUCUCCUGUAAACGGGGUCUUCCUGUGGUGUGUUCCUCCUGCCGAUCGGAGCAUUUCCAUGGCUGUGGCCAACAUCAUGAUUCAUGUUCUCGGGGAUGUGAUUAGCCCCGUCGCGGCAGGA